AAAAAUAUGAAAUUCAACUUCAUAAAAUUUUGAGCAGAAAAUGCCAAAAUGGAACCAAGGCUGUUAUGAUCCAUCUUUUGCAGGCCUUCAGCCCACCCAGAAAACCAAGAAGCCCGCGCUCUAUCCCUUGAAACCAACACAGUUGUCGUUUCGCUCGCCCAUCUCAGUAACUCGAUUUCUUUCCCCUCCAUCUCCUCUCCAUUUGCCGUAUUUGAUUCUGUCUUCCAGUCUCGCCGCUGAAGACUCUCCUCAGACUUCAAGGCUCAAUAGACUACCAGGAGGAUAAGGACCCUCUUGCUUGCUAUUUCUGUUUGCUUUCUUUCUCACUGUCACUGUUGAAGAAACAACCGCACAGCAUUGCAACUAUGCAGUUAUUUACUGUGGCUGAGGAUCAGAUCUAAUGCAGUGUUGGAGUCGUUGUGGUGUUAGUCUCUCCAGUACAGUUUCCUUAGGGAGAUGGCUAUGGACUCGCCAUUCGUGCACCAAAUUAUUUGUUGGAGGGCUUUCAUAUGACACCAACGAAACUGUUUUGAAGGAUGCUUUUAAACAGCAUGGAGAAAUAAUUGAAGCAGUUAAAAUUAUAUGUGAUCAUGUGAGUGGCAAGUCAGAAGGGUAUGGAUUUGUGCAGUUCACUUCUGAAUCUGCAGCCUCGACUGCUUUGAAAGAAAUGAAUGAUCAGUUUCUAGAUGGUAGACAAAUUCGUGUAUAUUUUGCGAAAGGGAGGUGAUAUCAAGGAGCUCUAUAUUGGUAUUUGUCAAAGAUAUACGUUGGAAGCUUCUCCCGUACAUGGAUACUGGACUUGCAAAAAUAAAUAUAAUUCAUUCUCAUCUUGGAGCAUUUUUUUUUAUGUUUAUUGUUAUUUUUUUGGAUAUUUUCGACAAGUAUUUGGUUCCCGGACAAUGAAGUUAGAUUUUUUGCAAAGAAAUACAAACAAGAACACGUAUUAGAUAUAAGAGUGUCAUAAACCAUUUGAUGA